UGGAGAAACGCGCUGUGAGGAGCACUCUGAGGUCAAGUUAAAAAGCUGAAUCUAGCAGAGAAUAAGGACAAGAUAAGCGACGGAUACGUUUUUGUUUAUUCCUCGUUUUAAAGAAGAAAAAGAAAGUAGCUAUAUUACACGACAUACAGAAAUAACUUGACAUUUGAUGGGACACACAGAAGUUUCCAGUUGUCUUCUGUCCGGAUUGAAGCACCACGCCGAGGAAUUGAUGGAGAUUCUGCUAAUUGAAAAGCUCCAUGGAAGUCAACUGCAUUUGUUUAGCACUGGAUAAUAAACUCUUACAUAUUAGAACUGCCUGAUGCCAUCGGGCAACCAAGUUCCUCAAUUAGGCUACCUUUUUAUGAUCUAGAUCUGGUGCUUUAAAGAGCCCAGAAAUCAAAUCACUUAUCGAAACAACCUAUAAUGUAAUAUUAAUAACGGUUUCAUCUCUAAAGAAGCAUAUAGCUAGAUCCUAUUCAGUCAAAAUGGUUCUUGAUAAGAGGAGGGUUCAUUACUGAACCUAAGGUUCUUUAAGGGACACAUGGCGUGAAGCAGAAUAUUUACAGAACAACUAAGUGCCUUUAUAUUUAGAAGUUGAUACACCCUCCUCCUCCUCCUCCUCCUCAUCAUCAUCAUCACCAAGACCUCAGACUGGAUGUGAAGAUGAAGAGCAUCUGGUUUGCUCUAGUGAGCUGUUUCUGGAGCUCCUGUCUCAGCAGUUCUGUGUUUGAUGACGCUGAGCUUCAUCCGAACUUCAUGCAUCGGAGGUUACGGACUCAGGAGAAGCGAGAGAUGCAGAAAGAGAUCCUGUCUAUCCUGGGAUUGAACCACAGACCCAGACCGCAUGUGAACAGCGGCAAAUAUAAUUCCGCACCUCUCUUCAUGCUGGAUCUCUAUAACACGAUCUCCACUGAGGAGAAAAGCGACGUGGAUCAGUACAGAUCCCUGAUCACCACCACCAGACCCAAUGUGGCUUCACUUCAGGACACUGAGUUUCUUCAUAACGCCGACAUGGUCAUGAGUUUUGUCAAUUUGGUGGAGUUUGACAGGGAGCUGUCUCCACAGAGAAGACACCAUAAAGAGUUCAAAUUCAACCUGUCCCUGAUCCCAGAGGGUGAGGCCAUCACAGGUUCAGAAUUCAGGAUCUACAAGGAAUGUGUGACCAGAGCAUUCCGCAAUGAGACAUUCCUGCUUAGUGUCUUCCAGGUGGUUGGGGAACACCCUGACAGGGAUGCUGAUCUGUUUCUGCUGGAGUCUCGCAGGUUGUGGGCGGCAGAAGAAGGUUGGCUGGAGUUUGACAUCACAACCACCAGUAAUCUGUGGGUGAUGAGCCCAUAUCAUAAUCUGGGUUUACUGAUCAGUGUGGAGACCAGCAGUGGCUGGAGCAUCAGUCCUGAAGAAGCAGGGUUAGUGGGGCGUGAUGGCGCUCUGGAGAGGCAACCUUUCAUGGUGGCCUUUUUCAAAGUGAGUGAAGUCCGUAUCCGAACCGUCCGGUCCACGGGAAAAAGGCGUCAACAAAGCCGCAAUCGCUCCAACAGUCCACAGGAAGCAUCAAAGGGAAUGGCUCAUACAGAUUACAACAGCAGUGAUCAGAAGAGCGCAUGCAGAAAGCAUGAACUGUACGUCAGCUUCAGAGAGCUGGGCUGGCAGGAUUGGAUUAUUGCACCAGAGGGCUACGCAGCAAACUACUGUGAUGGAGAAUGCUCUUUCCCCCUAAAUGCCCACAUGAAUGCUACUAAUCACGCUAUAGUACAGACACUGGUCCACCUGAUGAAUCCAGAGAACGUCCCGAAGCCGUGCUGCGCACCCACCAAACUGCACGCCAUCUCUGUACUCUAUUACGAUGACAACUCCAACGUCAUUCUAAAGAAAUACAAGAACAUGGUGGUGCGUGCUUGCGGCUGUCAGUGACACGAGAGCUGUGUACCACCCGCCCAACCACUGCACUGCAGAGAGACUAAAUAUAUGUGUGUGAGAAACACUAAUUUUAAAGACAUAAGUGUUUAUGAACAAACAAGUAUGUUUGAGAGAGAAUAGAUAAACGUGCUGCUUUUACUCAUCUUCACACACACGGCCAGUUCACAUAAGAAAACAUUUAAAAUCCUUUAAAGUGCCUUGAGGAUGUACAGAUGAACCUAUAAACAGAACAUAAACCUAAUGCCAAAUCACACAGAGAAAUGUAAAUUAUGUGCUAAAAUUCUGUCUGUAUUUAAUAUUGUAUUUGACUAACCAAAUCUUAAAGGAACAGUGCAACCAAAAGGAAAAAUCUGUCAUUAUUUAUUUACCAUCUUCUGUUUAAUUUCAUACGUUAUUUUUUCUGAGCUUUUUGUGCUAUUUGUAGUUUGACAGAUGUGGUCACCAUGAACUUUGUAUAGAAAAUGAUACAAACAUUCUCCUUUUGAGUUCCACAGAAAAAUAACAGCAUAAAGGUUCCUAAUGACAUGAGGGUGAGUAAAUGACGACAGAAUUUUCAUUUUUAGAGAACUAUUCCUGAAAAUGUAACAUUGGAAACUGUCAAAAUAGUAUGUCUUGAUGCACAGAAGUCAGAGUGUGAGACAAAUUUUCUCCCGUUUUGUGUAUUUUCAGUCAUCCCUAAACUCACUUGAACCUACAAGACUAUUUUAGGUCUCAACAAAAUCCAAUUAUUUUGAGUUUCUCAAUAUUUGCUCUGCACUAGCUGUGGUUUGCAUUCGUGAGUCAGAGCGAGUGGUUACACACUUUAACAGAGCCCAAAGAACGGAUCCAUUAUGUUGGUGUUCUGAAGACAGAAAGUGCAUUUGAUGCUGUCCGACACCACAGAUCUAUAGUUUCCCAUCUGCACCUGCACCUUGGAUGGCUUAAAUCCAAAACCUCCUACAAGACAAGAUAUGCUACGGAUAAUUUCCUGUUUUUCAGCGACAAAACCGUAUUCUGCACUAUGGUCCUCAGAAGGGCUGUACAUUUCCCAACUAUCUUAUGCCAAUAUUUAUUGUUUGUAAUUUGGUAAAACUUUUACUAUGACACUAUAAAUUUCCUUUUUUUCACUGUGAGCAUUUUAAAUGGUACAAAACAUUGAAGAUAUAUUUUACUUUGCCCUGUUUUAUAGUCAGCAUUAUCUCUAGGGUUAGAAAUUGAGAGCCAUGUAUUGGUAACAUACUGAAACCAAAUCAUUUUUAUGAUGCUUGUUUCUGUUAACGGUUUUGGAACGUCUGUAUUCUUCCACUGAUGUGGAUGGAAAAUAGAGGUGUCAACUUUUCGCCAUGAUAAUAUGGGACACUUGAGCAUUUUGAGCACUUCAAUACAAGAAGGAAAUCCCCCUCAAGUGCUGUGCCCGCCACAAUAUGGAUAGUUUCGCUGACCGUCCCUCAAGCGUCAUGGUGCUAAAAUAAAGGACAGCUGGCAAUCCUGUCAUCUAUGGAAGCUAAUUUACUCCACAUUGAAAAAAAAAAAGUGAUUUGGUAAAUCAUAAUUAUGAGAUAAAAAGAGAGUCAUAAUUGAGAUAAGUACAAAAAUUAUGAGAUUACAUCAAAUUUAUGAGUCAAAAUUAUAAUUAAUGAUUUGAGUGAAAAAGUAUGAGAUACUUAUCUAAUAAUUUAACUACUCAUAAUUGAUCAUCUCAAAAUUAUGUUUUCAUGUGGCGGAAACGGGCGGUCAUGAUAAUCAGUGCACAUCCUUUUCUGUUGGAUGGGCACAUGAACCAACUAUCAAUUUUGGAGCGCCUCAAUUUUUAUUUCUUGCAAGAACACCUUUUCACAUGACAUUCCUCACAGAUACAGUAAACCAAACUGAGAUUGAGAGAGUUUAGAUGCUAGAGACAAUAAAUGUAAAGUUGUAUUUACCAGGAUUUGUUUUCUUUCUUUUUUCAAAGGUGCACUUAGUAACUUUUUUCCUCAAUAAAGUUCAACUCCUAAAGACAUGAAUAUACAUAUGUAGGAAAUCAUGAACACUCACAUUAAAACGAAGACUCCAGUCAUAUCAGUAACCUUAUAAAAGCUGUUUUAUUCUACAUGGAGAGGGUCCGCACAUGGGGGCUGCCAUGUUAGAAUCACAUGACCAGCUGAAUACUACUCACUUAAUCUCAGUAACUGUCCUGUUAUUUGACACUUUCACUCAUUGAUUAAAGUAAUCAUGGCUGACUUUGAAUACUAAAUUUCUGUAAUGGCAUCUGAAACUGAAAACUAUUGAUUUUAAAUUAUGCUGCAUCCAAGCCACUAGGUGUCAGUGUAAGUCCAAGAUGACACAAAGACAAAAGUUACUGAGUGCACCUUUAAAGAAUCGUACAAUUCAAUUCACUUCUAAUUUAUGUUCUUUCAAGAUGGCAGACCACUGACAUCUCAAAUAAGCUCAUAAUUUGACAAAAGUUUAGUUAAUGCAAUAAGGAACAACAUUCAUUCCAUUUUCAAAACAUUGUCCUCAAUUCAUUUCACUGUCCACAAAAUUACUGAAUUAAAACUGUUUUUGAACAAGAAUUUUUAAAUUACUACAAUUCUCAUUCCUAAUUUUUUCACAUACCUCUGGUAAACUGCUGUUUAAAUGUCUGUCAUGUUUAGACAUCUGUAUGUAAAUACUUGUACAUUUUACAGUUUAUUUAUUGCACCUUUUAUGAACCAUAUACCACAAAGACAUAAGAGUAACAGAAAAAUUAAAACAUCUAUUUUUGGAAAAAGACAUUUUAUUAUGAAAUGUGCCUUUUUGUACAAAAACCCCUGGGCAGUGUGUGUACCCCUAUCACAAAAAAAUGUCCCCCCCCCCCCUUCACUGAUGUUGGCUUGACAAUGUGCCUCAUAAAGACUUCAGUGAAUAUGUGGUUUGUCUGGUUGCUUUUCCCUUCCUUGACUUUUGGAUCCAGUAAGAGAGAAAAAUAAACAUCUCAAAUCAUUUUUACUAUUCAAGAGCACCCAAUCACAUAUACAAGAACUAUCAGUGUUCCUUUAGAAAUUAUUACCAGGCACCGCUAGCGUCAGAAUUUCACCAUAAGAAAAUGUGUUUUAAUCAGGUCAGAAGUAGUAUUAAAAUCAUUAACUGCAUGCAAAAGCUGUUAACACAGCAAUACUGAGAUGGUGGAAUCAUUUGAACACAAAAAAAAAAAAAGCAAUUCUAAUCAAAAGAAAACAUGUCCAUUUUAAAUUAAAAAUGC